UGUGCGAGUGAAGGUAGGAGCUGUGUAGAUAUCCAUUGGACUGUUCUGCCUUUGUCUCGUUAUGUUUCUUCUAUACCCCCACAGAAAGGCAAGGCAGGGAGGAGAGAAUCUCUGAGCCCAUAAAGAAGGAAAAGAUCUCAUUUCGAUCACUUCUCCCAACGCCCAAUAAAGGAUACUCACUGGAAAGUAGAAGAAACCAACCGAGAGAGAGAGAGAGAGAUGGUAAAGGCCGAGAAACAAAGGACAAGUUUCCGGUCACUGUAGUUCUUGGAAGGUCGUUCAUUCUUGUGAGACAUCUUUCUUUUAUCUCGGAUCUCUUGCCUGCCCCUUUCCUUGUGGCCCAAGGGAUCGAAACCCCCCGAUCUGCUGCUGCGUCUGGUGCUUAUGGCCUGUUCCAGAUGCCCAUUUUUUUUCCUUUAGUGCAUUUUGAUCCCAAAAGUUGCAUCUUUUUUGGGCCGAGUCUUCGCUGUUUCCAGUGGCGCGGCUAUCCCUUGUCUUGGCUCCUCGUCUCCUGAAUUGUUGCGGCAGCUUCGGGCGCUCGAACGGGUGGGACGCUCGGAAAGUUGCCGUUUUUCCAUGGCUGAAUGCUCGCGGCAACUUGGAUUUUCGAUGUUCUGCGUCCUGAUGCCGAAUUUGCUACGACGAUAUUCGCAAGAUGGAUGAGAGGGAGAGGCGAUGGUGGUUGAUUUUAACUAUUUCCCUUCUCCCUACCACAGAUUUCCCUUCUUGAUAACACUUGCUAAAGUUCCUGAGGGAGUAGGGAAUGGUGAUGAAAGUGCAGGGUAAAUAUUACCUUCCAGGAUAUAAUUCCAUGUGGGAAAUUAAAGAGGAUGCAAGAAAUAGUUGGUCUUGGUACUUUCAGGACAAGAAGUUUAGUGAGCAUCUCUACAACAAUCACGUACCAAAGUUGGUGGAUGGAUGCUCGGAACAUGAUAAAGGCAUGAUAAGGCGGACAAUGCUUGAACAUGAAGCCAUAUUUAGGAAGCAGGUCUAUGAGCUUCAUCGUCUGUAUAGAAUACAGAAAGACCUGAUGAAUCAGUUUCAAACUAGAGGGUAUUGUGGAUCUUUCACACCGGCAGAAGCAUCACACUCAAAUUCUUUUUCAUCUCAAAUGCAAUCUGAAUGUACUGAAAAGAUAUUACAGAUAUCUCACCUUCCUCUGGGAAACAGUGGCGACGGAAAGACACCUUUUGCAGGCACCGAGAGGUCCCAUUUUAGUUUCUCAAGGGAAGGGAAUGUUCGAUCUGAUCAUUUCCCAUCACUAAAUGGAGCUUCUCAAAAGGACACCGAGGCACUUGAAUACAAGCCUCUGAAGAAAAGAAGAUUUAACCUUCAACUUCCAGCUGAUGUAUAUAUAGACACUGAAGAUACUGAUGGAUCUGUGCAGACUAAAAUUGUUGAGUUAUCGCAUAGUGCUAGUAUUUUCAAGAAUGGAAAUUGCUCUCUCUAUUCUGAGAAUGAUGUGAAGCUCACUCUAGGUGGUGAUCAUAAAGAAGAACAUCAGAUACUGAAUUCACCAACACAAUUUGGUAUAUCAGCCUGCAGUGCAGUUGAUUUAAAUAAACCAAUAACAGAAAUAUGUUAUGAAACUCCAGCAAAAUCAGCUUCUAUUCAAUUACUUGGCUUCGAGACUCACAGCAAUAGGAAUCAAGAGCAUCUUUUAUCUCUGAGAUCAAAGACUAAUUUCAUAGAACGACAUGUCAAUCAACAGACUACUUCAGACCACUUGCAUAAGGAUGUACUCACAAAAAGAGAAUGGCCAUUAUUUAAUCAUGAAUCUGCGAACAAAGGGAGCACUGUGGAUUCUUUUUCUCAGACUUUCUAUGAUGAUAACGCUUCAACAUCAUCUGAAACUUUACAAUCAAACACUAAGAAAUGUCACGAAUUUUCUUUAUUCAACCAUAAUAACCAAGAGACAUGGUCUAGACAAGAGCCAAUUCACAAUAUCCAGGCAUCUCUAAGAGUCCCUCAUAUCACCUGCUCAAAUUUAUCGCUAGUGUCUCCCUCAACGCCUUCUACAAUGACAACUCCCAAGGCCGAUUUAAUCAGUUCUGCACCUUCAUUUGUUUCAUCUUGGAUAAAACCUGCCAUCAGCAUUAGCAACAGGCAAACCAUGGUUCAAGCACUUCCAUGCUUCAGCGUGUCAUCUAAUCUUCCUAAUGGGAGCCUGGGUUCCAAGAUAGAUGCUCAAGUCCCUGUUACUUGUCAAAAUUGGAAAAAUACUAAGAGCCUGUCCACAAGCCUAGGUUCGGAUAUUAGGGUGCCUCAUGCAAAUGGAUAUCACCAUGGUCUUCAUCUGGAGUCCAGUUCAGAACUACAUACAGAAAUUGCAGUUUGUAAGCCAGACAAGGUUGAUGAUGCCAAUAGAGAUCUUCGUUAUCAUUUGCCUGAAAACUACACAAAGCAUUUCAGUAGCAGAGAUUUGAAAACUCACCUGGACCUAAAUCAAGUAUUUCCAAGUGAUGUUGAAGAUAAGAUUACUUUCAGACAGGAUAGAGUCAUUUGUGAUGUUAAUGAUAAGGUGCCAGAGGAUCCAUCUUCAUUCAGAAACAAAGCAUCCUAUAAUGAGGCUGUUGACUUGAGAAAAUAUGAUUCGAGAGCAGAUUUUUGCUUUUCCAAUGGGCGUCGUCAGCUAAUUUCUAGCUCCAAUGUUGUUGCUCCUGGAGGUGAGAGGAAUGAAGGAAAAGAGCUGGAUUUCUCUCGAUGUACCAUGCCGGAAGUCACAUCAGCUUCACAGUUUAAGCAUUACAAAGUGCAGGGAAAUGAAGUUUCUGAUAACAAUGGGACAAUUAUUCUUGGUUUUCCUCUUCAUAAGACAACACAACAAAGCAGCAUAUCAGCUUCUCUUCGGCGUAUGGGAAAACAUUUAUCUGGUAAUACUAUUAAGAAAAAUGGCAACAUGAUCAUCGAUGACUUGUCCUGUGAUAUACAGGUGCUGAAUUCACAGGAUAAUAUCCAUAUUGGUGAUUCAAUCACCGAAAUUUGUAGUGGAAACAACAGGGAAAAUUUUAGGAAUCACAUUCGUCCCAAUGCUGAGUUUGCAUGUAGAGAUGAACCUAUACCUUCAAAGAUAUUACCUAGAGAUGAGAUAGUGGUUCAGUCAUCAUAUGCUAAAUCCAGUGUAGGUGCAAAAAUUGCUUCUAACAUUGAUUCGGAAGCAAACAUUUCUCAGGCUCAAAUGGCAAUGAUAAAGAAGUAUAAACACAUUCCAUCAAGCAAGAAAGAUGGUUCGGAGGAAAAGGAUUAUUCUGGUUUUACACUUGUUAGAUUGGCUGCAGAGAAUUUAGUUGCUAUCUCUAUGGGUUGCAGAGGUCAUCCAGAUGACACCAAUUCCCACCCGUCAUCCCUGCCUCGAUUUGACACUUUGUGUUGGUUUGCAGAUGUAGUAGCAUCAUGCAGAGCAGAAAACCCAAGGCUGCUGGGUGAUGGUGGAGAUGGCGGAACUCAAUCUUCAGAUGAUGAUGGUUUGGAUAUCUUUGAGGCAACGACACUAAAGCUCCAAGAAAUUAAGGUGGAUCGGUAUUGGUUGAGAUCAAAGGAACUUGAGAUCAAAGAUGAACAUGAAGGCAAACAAGACGUAGGUGCAGCUUCGUUGCUUUUCGCAAAACCUCGGCGUGGCCAGGCAAGAAAGAGAAGGCAGCGGCGAAGGGACUUCCAGAAAGAUAUUCUGCCAGGUCUUGCAUCACUGUCAAGGCAUGAAGUUACAGAGGAUCUCCAAACUAUUGGAGGGAUGAUGAAAGCAUCAGGUAGGCCUUGGCAGACAGAUCUAACAAGACGAAACAUUGGUCAAAGUGGAAUAAACUCCCAAACAAACAGGAGGAAGCAGCCUAGAAGUUUGUCCAUCACAUUUGAGGAGAUAGGGGUGAGCUCACUUCCACCAUCUCAACCGAGUAAUUCUGAAAUAACAAUAGAUAAAGUGGGUAUGAUCGGAUGGGGAAGGACGACAAGGCGAUGCCGUAGGCAGAGAUGCCUUCCUGUUAGUCUCGCUACUCAUUGAACCUGAAAAGGAGCACUACACAUGCAAAUGCUUGUUUUAUAGAGGAAUUCAGACUGGUUCCUUAAUGGUGCAAGUGGAAGGUACUAAAUAUUCAUGAAAUGUAGUUUUUUUAUAUGUUAUUAUUAGUUUUAAUUUGGGGUUGGUGACAGUCAAUAACAGCUUGUAAAUUCCAAAAUAUCGUUGCAUUACUACAUGAAACGAAAAAAAGAACAUUUGAUUGGUA